AUGACAGCAAAGGCAGUUCACAUCGAAAUCCUGCUAGAUCUUUCAUCGAACAAGCUUUUGGAAUCGUUGAAACGCAUGGUUGCUCGUCGUGGACCAGUAUGUCACAUAUUUUGUGACAACGCCACAAUCGGAGCAUCCGUCAAGCUUCUCGAGUCGAAGAAGUACAUGUUCAACCCUAAUACUCAGGAUGCCUUCCGAUCAUAUUGUUCUUCUAAAGAAUUACUUUUUUUUAUUCCACCUUGGGCUCCACACUUUGGUGGUCUUUGGGAGGCAGCUGUCAAGAGCGCAAAGGGUCUGCUGGUGCGUAGCCUCGCUAACCCCCGGUUCACAUAUGAGGAGAUGAACACCACAGUCGGUGCACCAUGCGCAUUGCCUGAGCGUGAUCUUAUCACCAGCAACAUCUCCAACUUAGAGCAUUACGAUUAG